AAAUGAAGAAGGGAGCAGAAGAUUAUAAAGACAAUAAGGCUAUAAAUUAACAACCAUAAAUUCAAUCUAGAUAGGAAAUUGGUUAGGAAAUGGGGGCACGAAGAGAAACGGCGAGAAUCGAAUCAGAUAAGAACAGAUGCGGCGAAUCAAGUAGUCGGCUAAUUUGUAGAAAAUGUUCUCACGUCAGAUAAAAUUGUGAUUACUGCUAAAUCGAUAGGUGUCUAGUUUAUAAAAGCGUUUCAAUGUUUACGUGUCCCCGUCUGUCGCGCUGUGAUAUAUGAUUUGACUCUGAUAAUCCUAAUCUUUUUUUCUCUAUUUUUUCUUUUUCAGUUUUUCCUCUUCAUUCAUUCGUUCAAUCAUUCUAUCUUCCUCUUAUUCGCUCAAUCACUCAUUUGUCUUUUUAUCUUCUUAUCCGUCCAUCUAUUUAUCAAUCCGUUUAGAAAAAAAAAAUCCUGUUACAUAUUUCAUUAUCUUGUUACAUCUCUCUUUUUUACCCUUUUCUGUUCAAAGUGUCUAAACAUCAUCUAUCAUUAUUCCUCUCUCUUUCUCUCUCUUUCUCCCUCGCUUCUCUUCUCCUUUCAAAUAUUUUCAUCAUUAAAAUUAAUUAAGAUUAGAAUGGAAUGUUCUUUUUCGUUGAAGAAUGGGAAAGAGAUGGAAAAAUGAAGAGACAGAGAGAGAGAGAGAAAAAAGAGAUUGGGGAGGGGCGGGCGAGAGAGAGAAAAAAAAUUUCGCCUAAUAAACACGGCUAUUACGGCAAUAAAGACGUAUCAACGAAAAAAUAAAAAAAAGCUUCACUUACACUCUGUCCAUCCAACCAAAGUAUACAGCCAAUGAACGCUUAGAACGGUUCGUAAGCUCCGCCCAAACAAAUGUACAUAUACCACUUUAUGCCGAAAAAAGUAGCCGGCCGGUAUGAUUCCCUCGAAUUGGUCUCUUCCCUUUAUUGUUCCAUCGAAUAUUUCAUCUGAAUUUUAUAGAAAUUAUUCCCAUCCUAUUAAUCUUACAACCGAAAAACCUUUUGAAGAAACUGGAAAGCUAAAAUUUGGUAUUGACGCAAUUCUCAAAACAGAGAAAAAAGCCAAACCAGAAGCGGAAAGUUUGCCAAGACACUACUCACCUCCAGUCUACUAUUCGACGUUUGUUCCGAGUAGGAUACAAUUGCCGGCGUCCAACCGUCCAAAUUACUCAGCUCCCUCAAGCCAUCGAGACGAAUGCAAACGAAAGAGAUCUUGGUCUAGGGCCGUCUUCUCUAACCUUCAACGUAAAGGACUGGAAAAGAGAUUCGAAGUUCAAAAAUACGUUACAAAACCAGAUAGACGACAACUCGCCGCCAUGCUCGGUUUAACCGACGCCCAAGUUAAAGUUUGGUUCCAGAAUCGUCGAAUGAAAUGGCGCCAUCAAAAGGAGAAGGAAGCCAGAGAGAAAAAGGAUAGAGAAGAAGAAGAGGUGGACGUUGGUGGAUCAGAAUGCGAGUUUAAUUGACUCUUGAACAAUUUAAAUGUUAUCAUAAUAAUAAUUAUACUAUCACCAUAAUCAUUAUUCAUUAUUAUUUCCUUUUCGUUCUCUUAUCCAUUGUCGUUAUUAAUUAAUUAAUUAAUUAAUA